GCGUUCGAAAAAUUCACUUCAUCGUAGUCAGUUCAGUACGAAUCGAACUUUACUACCGAACGGACGCAAUUUACGGUGUGAGCGUAUGUAAAAUACGGCUUUUCCACUUCACUCUCUCGGCGCGGUUCGGCACGGUUGGUGAACCGCAGCGGCACUAACCAACACCAACGUAGUAUCGGUGGCAGCACCAUUUUUUGGCAGUUUUUCUCGCGUUUUGUGCAAUUCGCGAGUAUUAAUGUUGGGCCGAAGCAUAAACAUAACUAGCAGCAACUGAAUAAAGCAAGCGCAAAGGUGGUGCAUAGCAGUGCAGUAAAGUGUACCGAAAGAAAGAACGGCACAGUAAAACCUGUGGAACCUGAUUCAGAAAUAGCUAUACAUAGGUGUAUAAGAAACGAAACCGUGUGGGUGAAUAGCCGCGGGGGAGUGUGUGUCUUCAGCGGAAGUGUCGAUCGUUUUAUCUGUGUGUUUGAGAGCGAAACAUCAUGGAAUGGAGAAACCACCAAUAAAACAACUGUCCCAAUCGGAUGCCAUGUGCUGGAUCGUGUCUCCAGAGUGAACAUUCACGGUGACUUAUUUGGAUUUUCUUUAGGAGUGGAAGAAAAAAUACUGCAAAUAACGCCUCCCUAAAGUAGGUUACACACAUGUGUGCGAAAAGUGCAACUUGACUUGUCGAUACUUUGCUCGUUGGCAAUAGUGACCAUGUACAAGUGAAUUUGUACAAGCAACUAAAUUAACCAUAAGUUUUAAAAUACCGCCAUCGAACCGGUCCAUCGUCUAUGCGUUCGCGUUAAAGUACCUCCAGAUUCACGGAAUUUUUCACGCUCCGUCGAACGGCGGUUUGCGUGAGCCUUCACAGACCCGCUGCUGCGUUUCAGCUUAAGGCGAGGUAAGUUUUGCGGCCCGCCGCACAUGUCUUUGAACGUGACGGCCGUUCCGACCCCCAUCGUUGGGUAUUUCUAGCCGCUCGGAGGUGCCUACAGUGGCGGCGGCAAUGUCGGGUUGAGGGCAUUGGAGUCAAAUUGAAUCCAAAGUUAAUUUGUGUGCGCUGCCGAGUCUCGCCUCCAUCCAUGCGGGAACUUUCAGCUCGAGACGUAAGCUUUUUGCGAUAGUUAUCGAAGCGCAGUUCUAGCCGGUGAUUAGCGGCAAAAAUAAUGCACUAAUCAAAGUGAAAUUUUUUUCUCAACAAGCAAAAGCAACUGCGGCAACGAUAAACACACAGUGCUGUAUCGGCAGUGAAUCGUUGAAUAAUCGAAAAUCGAUUUUUUUUCUUCCAAUAAAUACUGUAGUUGAAGAAAAGUGAUAAAACAGCUAAUUGAUUAUUUUUGAUGGUGGUAUUUUUUCUGAUUACUGGUGGCUGAAUGUAUUUUUUGUGAGUGGAAAAAGAAAAAAAAAGAUCCAUCAAUUUUUACUCGCUUAUCGGCGGAAAAAAAACGCGCGCAAUCAAACUCGCGAAUGGGAAACUUGACGAGCAGAAAUUAUCAGAAGAAGAAAAAUUAAGUGCAGUAAAAAUCGAAAACCCGUAUCAGCACGAAAGUGAAACAGAAGAUUGGAAGUUUGAACCAAAGUUGAGGAAAAGUUACACAUCGUGCAGUUAUAGUGAAGCUCGUGUUUCUUUUACUUUAACUGUGAGGUGGCAGCAGCAGCCGCAUUUGGAAUCACUCGUUAUCGACCAUCUCGGGACCAAGCCGUGUCAGUGCCGGUGGAAGGCUGCAGCACCGGACGGAAUACGAAAACAAAAAAAACUUUCGGAUUCACAUGCAUGCAUUCAUCCAUUUACAAACAGACAUUCACGUACACACACUGGGCAGCUGCGGGAAAAACGACGACCACGAAGAGGUGAACUUUUGCGUGAACUCAUUGCAAAUGGUAAAUCAUCCCGAUUGAUGAACUUAAUUUGAAGUACCACCAGACGUGAGAAUCCCCAAUAAUUCUCCUCAUCCCAACCAUGUUAGUAAGGUAGGAGUGAGGUUAUACAAUCGUACAGUUGUUCUGCUUUUGGCGUGCACAGCACGACCUUUCGCCAAAAGCAACUCAAUUUGGAAACUUUUUUAUCAUUCUGGCAAGGCAGACAUUUUCAACUAUCAGAGCUUUACCCAACACAACAAACAUAUCCAAUUCAGUUGCCUGAGGACAAACGGACGGUGAUUUGAUAGAAACUCUGAACCUUGGGCCAUACUCUCCAAGCAAGCGAAAUACGAAGUUGACGCUAAGCAGUAACCAAUAUAGAAAUAGUCACCAAUAUACAGAGGAGUUCACCACAUGCGCCUGGCGAAACUCGAGCGGUAAUCGAGUUCAAGGCUUUCUUUACCGGUUCGGAGCGUUGCAGUGCAGUGCACGGGGAAGGGAGGUAUCUAAACUAGUGGACCAGUUGACACCCAUUCAUUCACGGUAGUUUCUGCCGGCAGGUAGCGUCAGUGGUGCGUGCAUCGCAACGAGGUGCCAACCAGUCAGUAGUGCGAGGGCUUAAGAAUCCGCACAAAAGUGUGCACUAAGCAUACGGGCGCCCGAAUGUUGCUAAUCGAUACAUAUCGUCAGUGCAGUGCUGCGCGUAAUUUAAUCGCGUUCAGGUGUUUUAUUGGUACAUACACGUUAGAAUAUGUAUCCUUAAUGGUAUGUGUGAAUUCAAUGCAUGUGAUAUUGUUACGUAAAGCGGCAGUGAGAAGAAACAAGUUGCAAACUGCUAAUUUCCGUUAGAUAAUUUCCAUUCCAAAAGUUGCUUAGGCAACUAGUUUGCUACAAGGUGUACGAGUGAAGUCACUAAAACUUGUAUGGAAAUGCAUAACUUAAUUACUCUAUGUUGGCACAAAUCAUCUAGAACUGCUGGUAGUUAACCGGCAAGUGUUUCUGCACUUCAUUUGUAGAAGGCUAAUUUCCGGUUUAGAAUUGGAGAGUUGAAAAUCUAUCACUCUUAGAAUGGCCUCCAGUGACAACCAGAUGGCAAAAGAGUCCACGGACUCGAACCUAAAUCAAGCUAAGGAUGGUCAGGACGAGGUGGAUCAUGCCUUGAAAAUUGCUGCCCCUUUACCGGUCAGCACCUCGUCGACAUGUACGGUUUGCAGCAGAAACCAAAAAGCCAAUGGAAUAGCGAACGCGAACAACAACACUGGCUGCUCCCAUGGCAAAACCCUGGAUAAGUUCAAUAUUUUUCACCUGAGGCGGCGUCCAAAAAGUGACCCCGGUACGGGAACUAUUGCUAAACAUGCCCAACAGCAAGCAAUCGCGACAGCUGCGGCAGCGAAUGAUGCCACCAAGAAAAGACGUCACAGUUUCGUGAAAAGUGCGUCGAUAGCGCGUAUCUUCGGAAACAACUACAAUACCAAAAAGGGAGAACAGGAUAGUGGGGCUCUGGUGAAGUUUCAACAGCUGAAACGGAGUUUUUUAGGCAGCGAAAGGUUCCACCAGAAGAAGGAGCCCAUUGCUGCCGCUGGCGGAAACGAAUCUCAAGACCUGCAAUCGGGUUCGGGUAUCGGGGAGGGAUGUUACGUGAACGAUAGUGAGACUGGUCCGAAGGCAAUCAGAUCCCUUACGCGGGGCCUGGGACGGCUGCUGAGAAGAAACUCCCACAGUAUCGAAAUAAGCCGACCCGAUCCGGAGUACAAGGUGUCUUACCUGGGGAACGUGCUCACCGGCUGGGCUAAAGGUGAAGGCUGUGUGGAGAAACCACUUUCCACACUGUGGCGAAAUUACACCCAAAACAGCAAACCGGACGUAAUGAUGAAGCUGUGCCUGUGCCCAUCGGGGCUAAAGGCCACCACUCGGCAGCACGGUCUCACGGAGUAUUGGUCCCACCGGAUAACCUACUGCAGUGCACCAAAGAACUACCCGCGGGUCUUCUGCUGGAUCUAUCGUCACGAGGGCCGAAAGCUGAAGCACGAGUUCCGCUGCCAUGCGGUCAUCUGUUCCAAAGAGUCGGUUGCCCAGGAAAUCAGUGCAAUACUGAAGGAAAAUCUGGCCAAAGCCCUGCAGGAAUUCAAACGGGACAAACUGAACCGGCAGAAUGCGCGACUCAGUUUGGCGAACAGUGUGUACGACAACCCGAGUAUGCCCCGGCGAAAGAUAAUGCUGAGUGUCGGUGCCAACAACUACCGGCCGCCGCUGGAACGCUCGAAGUCCGCUCCGAAGUUGAUGGCCAUCGAGGAAAUGAUUGGCGAAGAGGAAGAAGAAGUUGACCUUGUGGGUGCUAGCAGCAAACCCGGUAAAGCGCAGGGUGCUGCCGGGGAUGAGUUUAGAGCGUGCUGCAAAGAGGACGCGCUGUUUCCGUCUACGACACUUGGCAGACGAAGAUGCCGCCGGGGACAUUCGAUCCGGAGGAGCCGGUUGAGAAAUUCCUUCAAGUCGCCCAAAGCUGUUGAAGCCAAAGUACCACUAAAGAAUGAGAAUAUUGUACAGGACAGCCCAAUGAACAAAUCGAUGGAUUCUAUUUUGGAUACCAUCAAACAGGAGGAGGAGGAGGAACAGAUCCCGGAAGCAGGAGAAGCCAUAGACAAUAGUCAAGGUACUAGAAAUACGGUGCGUGAUUCAAACUCUUCGGAAGAGGACUUUGAAACUUUACUGCGCAACUACAAUUACGAUUCCAAAGAGCCGCUUUCAUCGGAACUUAUAUCGUACCUCGAUAUGAAACUUAGUCCAAAGGUAGUUUCCAGUAUGCAUGAUCUGAGCAGUCAUCAGCGAAAAGAAAGUGCUGAAGCGGGGAGACGACUGGAGGAUGCCCGAUUAGCGCUAAGUUUGGAUGAUCUUGAUAAUUAUGAAGAACAUCCUAGUCAAGAAGAAGCGGAAGACGAUGUGUUUUUUAAUCAGGAUGAGGUAUUGGAGAUGCUGCGCAGUGCAGCCGAGUCAGCGAACAGUUUUAUCAAGGGUGAAAAGGCACAUCUAAUCAGUCUACUUCAAGAAGCUACCGGUGGCGAAGAUGACACAGCUCCUCCAUCGCUGUUGUGCGUAACCAACAAAAUCAACGGAAACUCGGAUAGCGACGAAGGUUCUAUCUCUAGUGGCUGUGAAACAUCCAGUACGGUAACGACAAACACGGACGAAUCUGCAGCGGCCAUCCUCAUCAAACCCUGCUCGGUCCUGGAGAGGGUUCGCAGCUUUGAGCAGCUCGCAGAACAUCAAGUGAUUCACGAACCGAUUGGCGAAAAAACUCCUCUGAGCAAACAUAACCUUGAUAAUAACGUUUUCAAACGAAGUAUCACAUUUCCAGCUCCCGGGGUGAAAACAAGCUUCCUUUUACCAGUGAAUUCUACGAUUGUUCAUGAAGAGGAAUCUCCAGAUACAAUUACACCCAGCAGAGCAAAACCUUCCGCAGUGCGAAAUGGUGGAAUUCAGCCUCGCAGACUGAAAUCAACAGUGGCGGCUGUCAACACAGAACUGAUCAAUCACUUGCAGGCUAUCGAUUCCGAUUCGGACCUUAGCGACGAAUCGGGGUACGUAGAAUUUCAAGACCACCAGUCCUCGAAUAAAACCGUGAAAGCCUAGGUUCAGGAAAACAGUACUGAACCCGCAAGCAAAAAUCUAGUGAUUUAGCUUUACUUUUUGUAUCGUUUGUACACAUGCAAUUGUAGAAAAAGUUUACAUGGAAACGUUGCCGUACUCAUAGCCAAUAGGGCUAGCACGGAAUAUAACAGGUUUAUAUGGAAAUAAUGUGUCUUCAUUACGGAACUAUUAAAUGUAUGAAUCGUUUUUCCCAUCCCGCAGAAUUUAGUAACAAACGUAAACCGAAUACCAAAUAAUUUAUUGUACUAACAAAAAUGGUUAGCGUUUAGAGAAAAGAUUCUCCUAUAGAAAAGACCAGUAGUUAACUGUUAAAGGGGUUUGUUAGUUGAUAAAUAUCCGGGGUAGAGCAUUAUGUGAAGAUUUAGGUUCACACAGAAAGAUAUAGUAGAUUAAUAUUUACUAGCAAACAUAGUGAGAGAUGUGCAGUUUUCGCUGGAGUGGAAGAAAAACAGAUAUCAGAACAUUCGCAAAUUUGUACAAGUUGUUUUACACCUGACUAAAAGUUAAUCUAAGCAGUAGUUUACCAAAAGGAUUCUCAAAUUGAAGCACAUAUAGUUGUUGUUAACAUCUAGAGCAAUCCACUCUGUCUUUGGGACCUCCGAGAAAUUCCGACAUUAUUAUGUAUCCUCAUGAAGAGCAACACACGAAUGGACUUAACAUUGCAUAACUGUGAAAUUAUACUAAAACUAUAAAAAGAUAUGGUUAAAAAUUCAAUAAAUAUAGGUGAACUAUAUUUAUUAGGCAAUGAUAUUACUAAAUGUCUAAAGCAAAGAACAGUGGAGAAAUAAAACUAUUGAUGUAAUGCAA